UAGUCCCCAAAUGUCCAUAACUUCGCAUUAUGUCAGUAUUUUGAAACGUUUGAAUGCAAACGUUUUUGAAUGUACUUUUACGUUUGUUAAACGUUAUUUUGUUGGACAUGUUUACGUUCAACAAGAUUUUAGCCUUUAUUUGAGUCGCGGAAGGAAUUUCGUGCCACGGCUACUGUGAGUGGUGCAUUUCGCUAGGAACCUAGACUAGCUUGCCAGCUGUAACAUGCUAGCUAGCUGAAAAACGCUUUCGUUGUUGCUAUCUAGUCAUUUAGCUUAUUAUUAUUAUGGUCGCUGAUCUGUUUCGCUGGGUAAUAUGUUUGUCGAUUCAAUUAAUGUAUUGUUAAAGUUAGCUUGCCAAGAAACUAACGUUAGCUAGCCAUGUUGUAACGUAAAUGUGAACUUGUAUUUCGCUAAAGUCAGAGUUGGUUUAUAAAGGUGUUAAAUGGCUUUAACUUCGUUUUAAUAUGUACUUGUUGGAUGUAUAGCGUCAACUUGCAAGCUACAAACGCCUGUCGCAUAAUAUUUCCUCGCUAGUACUUGUUUAAACUUUUGUGUGAUCAUCAGUCGUUGCUUGUUUGUCAGCCUUAUUGCCUUUAUUGAACGCAUUAUCGACCCAAUUUGAUCAACUGUUAUUGACAACAGUUGAGUGAUUUAUUGGUUUAGAUGACAGACCCCACUUAAGGUGUUUCCAGUCCUUUCUGUUGAAAGUAGCUCAUGUUAAGUUCAGAGUUGAAAAUGGACAACUUGACUCUACUGGAGGCCUCGUGUCUUUCUCCAAUAAGCAACAUCACAUCACCCUUGGAUUUCACCCUGCUCACACCCUCCCAACUGGGUAUCUCCACUCAAAGCUUCACGCCAUCUUCUAACGUCAAAGGUAAUUCAGACAGAAGAAAAAAAUCUCGCCUAGCUCAGCUGAAGGUGAAGCGUGCCCAACAAAGGAUGAAAACUCCCCCCACAACACCACAGGAUACCCAAGCUAUCCCCUUCUUUCCCAGAGUCGCCUCUACUCUAAAGCAGAAGAUGGCCAUCUUCCAGAGCAUUAUGAAUGUGGAGGAGAAUGAAGAUCACACGGGGGGAUGCAUCAAGACGAGAUGUUCUGUCUGGUGGUCAGCUUCAAUGUGGGUGGAGCUGUGAUAGUGGUGGGAAGGAGAACAUGUCCCCAGUGAGCCAGCAUCCCUCUGACUUCCCCACCCAGUAAGAGGUGCUGCACAGCACGCACUCUGAGGGAGUGUGUGGAGGAGAUUAGGGAGGCCACCACUCCUGUCCUCAAACGCACUGCCACCAUAUUCAAGCAGCAACAGAACACGGAGGUAACCUCAUCACACUGGCAAAACAUUUCUGUCUGUUAAAUGACUAAUAUAACUUGGCAAACCAUUCAGUUGGUGUUGGUGUCUUUUUUUCAACUUUGUCGUGUGCAUGUUGAGCAACUGAUUGCAGUUGUACAGGACAAGGACCAUCAGCCAGCUCUCAAUGUAGAACCUGCUAGUGUGUCUCUGUCACCAGCCCUGGGUACUGAUGCUGUGUCCCAGAUCACCCAGGGCAAGCCACAGCCCUCUCCUAUGAUGCAGCAGCACUGCACUCCCACCAAGGAGGACCAGGAGUGCUCUUUUGAACUGCACAGCCCCAGCCAACCUCUGGUUUUGCAUUCAGGACGAGUCAGGACAACUCUGCCCCAGCUGUUCGCCAUGCCAUCUCUUUUGGAGAUGAACCCCACUGAUGAAGCUGAUGGUGGCAACGUUAACUCCACUAUGAAGAAGCAGGUGCGUUUCGGGAUCCUGCUGCCCCCUGAACUCUUUGACAAGAACCUUCCCUCCAGCACCCCUCUACGGAAGGGGGGAACCCCGGUCCGCGCCCCAACAUCUGCCGGGGGGUCCCAGCUGAGGUCACUGCUGAAGAGCCCCUUAACCCUGGCCCGGCCGGACUUCAGCAGCCCCUCUCUAACUGGAGCCUCCCCACCCCUCACUAUGGGACCCUGCUGUGGGGAACAGGAGAGCACCCACACUCAGGGAAAGAUCUUUCCUUCUCUAUGCCCCCCUUUCCCUUCAAUGGAAGAAGAUGUUGACAGUUCAUGGAUGGACAAUGCAGAGCUGGAGACUGGACCUCUGGAUCUGACCUCAGCUUUUCAAGAGGAGGACUCUGUUUGUGAGGAAAUGCCAGAUGCUGCCCCAGUGCCUGACCCUGCCCUGGAGCCAGAACCAGCCGCCACAGCCCGCUCUCGCAGCAGAAAGAGAAAGCAACCAGAGGAGAAGAGUGAGCCUGUGAAGAAGAGGUCGCCUCGUACGGCUGCCAAGUCUGCCUGUGGGAGGAUGAAGCCAAAGAAGACUCCAUCCUAUGUGACCACCGCAGUGGUCACAGCUGCAGCCCUGUGGUCAAGCUGCUUCUGCCCCCCGGUCAGUGAGGACUCACCAGAAGACACCACCCCAGCUGCAGAGCCCUCUGAUGGGCCUUCAGUAGACUACCAGAGCCCUGUAGGCUCCACCACCACAGACAGCUCUGGGACUGGAAGAGCAGCACAGAUCUGGAGAAGAUGGUCAGGUCCAACAAAGACCUCCAGAACCAAAAGGCAGAGUGUUAUUAGAGUAGGUAGAGGGAAGGGCAGGAAGGUCAGUGUUCCUGUUGAUAACUGGCUGAGUGAAGAGACCGAGGAGCAGGUAAAGAACUUUGAUACAGAACAAGACUCAACAGAAACAACCCAGCCAGAGGUUUUAGUGUCCAGCCCAGCCAAGCACACAGCACCUGGUAACAGAGAGGGUGAACCUAAUACACACUGUACCUCAGACCCUGUAGAUACAGAUCAAUGCACUGGCACACUUCCAGAUGCAGGUAGGAGUGGGGAUAGUCCAGCUAGAGCAGACACUGAUACUACUACACCCUGCCCUCCUCCAGAUGAGGUUAGCACCACAGUGGCUCCCUCAGAGCAGAAGGCAGUGAGCCAUGUAGAACAGAGUCCAAACAAAGGCGGGCAGAGAGGAGCAGCUCAGGGCCCAGGCCGCUCCAGAGGUAGAAGGAGCUCUAUAUACGCCAGCUCAGUCAUAGAGGAGGAGCAGGCUUCCCAGCCAAAUGGGCCACAGGCAGUGGAGAAUGAUAACCAUGGGUCCGGAAUGGAGCUGGGUAACGUUAUAGAACAGGCCUCCACCUCCUACCCAGACUCCCUCCUUCCCCCCUGGGCACAGAAGGAGUUCAACAUUGAUGAUGUGCUAAGGCCUCUCCCCUGCAGGUGGCAUCAGUCUGUCCGCCGCAGCCUGAAGAACCAGAGCAGCACCCUGGAGGCCUCUGGCCUGGCCUGGCUACCCCACACCUCUCCGGACUCCAUUAGUGCUGUCUGCAGGAAGACCAGGCGCAGACGCAGCUCCAUCCAGGAUCUACUACACCCUCCCCUGGAAGAAGUGAAUCACACUGACCUACUGGAGCCACUCCAAUGCUAGUCUGUCCACUUCCUGUACACUGGCUGUGAAUGAAAUGGCACCCUAUUCACUACGAGGUCCUUAUUUCUUUUUGACUAGGGUUGGCCAUUUCCACCUGCUUUUGAUAGCUAUUGAUUUUUGUGAGUUUUAUAAAGCACUGUUUUUGUUUUUUAGUAAUUAAGUAGUAUAAAUAGAACAAGAUCUACCUUUUAAUGUGAUUUAACAAGUUUGGCAGUUGUCAUUUACCAAGGCUCAUGGGAGUAGGAGAUGUACAGACUUUGUACAGACAGAUGUGCAUCUUUUAGUCUUUGAAUGUGUACCUCCUGUAUUCAUUAAAUAAAAUGGGGCUCUUCCAAACUA